AUGUUGGAAAAUACUUAUAGACUAAGGGGAAGGCGUGGAGGAGUUAAAACAAAGUUGGAUGAAGCUAGGAAGAGGCAUAAUAUUCCUGUUCACUAUACUUCGUGUACAAAAAGGUCCAAAUUUGAAUAUUCAAAUUCCAACACUAAAGGAGUUAACUUUUCGAAUCUAAUUAAAAUACCAAUCUGUAAGGACAAUAACAAUCAAACAGUACCCCAUUUUGUACCAAGAGUUAUGUUGUCUAAUGUAAUGUCCUUAACACCUAAGCUUGACGAAGUGAGUGAAUUUCUUUUGCGGAAGAAAAUUGAUAUUGGCUUCAUAACUGAAAGUUGGCUAAAGGAUCGUAUUAACGACUCCAUCGUUAAAAUAUCGGGUUUUAACCUUAUAAGGAAAGACCGUAGUAGUCACGAACACGGAGGAGUUUGUAUAUACCUCAAAGAUCAAAUUAAAUAUACCAUCCCUGAAAAUCUGCAGUGCUGUCGGGAACAUGAAGUUCUUUGGUUGAAAAUCCAUCUCAAUGUAAUCCAC